CGCACGUUCCUUCAUGGCCCCAGCUGUGAUGACACGCAGUGUUACGAAUGCCACGUGUAUCGCUGUUCUGUGUCGUUUUAAUACCAGUGGAUAUCCAUCAUGUCGCUGUCGAAACCACAAAAGAAGAGAAAAGUGGACUUGGAAUGUCGUGCUUUUAAGGCAGAGUGGAGUGAGAAUUAUUUUGUUACUGAAUUAGAUGGCAAAGCAUUGUGUUUAUUGUGCAGUGAUACUAUAGCUGUACUAAAAGAGUACAAUAUACGUCGGCAUUACCAGACUAAGCAUUCGGCACAGUAUUCCCAACUCACAGGGAAGGAACGAUCACAAAAAUUAGAAACUUUGAAACGGAGUAUUUCAUUACAACACAGUUUCUUCACGAAAAUGAAAAUAAGGCUGCAAGUAAAGUAAGUCUACGAGUAGCUCAUUUGUUAGCCAAGGAAGGAAAACCCUUUACUGAUGGUGAGUUAAUUAAAUCAUGUUUGAUUGUAGCAGUUGAAGAAAUGUGUCCAGAGAAAAUGGAUUUAUUUAAUAAUAUCAGCCUUUCCGCGAGAACAGUUGCCCGAAGAGUUGAGGACAUUGGUAGCAACAUCACUAACCAAUUAAUUAACAAGGCAAAUGAUUUCGAGUGGUUUUCCUUAGCUCUUGAUGAGUCGACAGACAUUACAGAUACUGCUCAAUUGCUGCUGUUUAUUCGAGGAGUCAAUGCUGACUUUGAAGUGACUGAAGAAUUAGCUUCUAUGAAUAGUCUGCGUGGAACAACUACAGGCGAAGACAUUUUCAAGGAAGUUGAGGAAAUGUUAACGAAGUACAAUCUGAAGUGGAAUCAGCUGAAAUGUGUGACAACUGAUGGUGGUAAAAAUAUGUCUGGAACAGAACCAGUCGUGUCAACGGUGAACUUCAUUCGUUCUCGUGGGCUGAACCAUCGCCAGUUCCAAUCUGCAUCCCAUAAGCUAACAGCAUCCAGUGUGCAGGCGGACUGA